UCAGCGGGGAGCGUCGCCGAGAUCGAGAGAGAGGUGCCUCAGCUGGGGGAAGAUUUGUUAAUUUGGGUCGCGUUGCGUUGUGUCACCGAAAAAGGCUAUAAACUUGAAACCAUCAACUCGCACUUCUUAAUUUUGCAAAUGGCUGCGAAGUAUAUCAUUGGCGCGCUUGCUGCAUCCAUUGGGAUUGCGUACAUAUCUGAUGUAUUAAUUGCCGACAAAAAGAUAUUUGGAGGUACUACCCCGCACACUGUCGCUGAGAAGGAAUGGUGGGAAGCGACUGAUAAGAAGUUCCAGGCGUGGCCUCGCACCGCCGGGCCGCCUGUUGUCAUGAACCCGAUCAGCCGCCAAAACUUCAUCGUCAAAUCCGCGGAAUCUUAAUACCGUACAAGUCGACAAAAGUUGUUUAUCUGAUCAGUCGUCGUAGGAUUUUGCAAUGCAGUUUAAAACAUUGCAUUGAUUCCACUUGCUAUGGUUUUUUUUUGUGCGUCAAUAAAGUACCAAUUGGAACUUAUUAUUUUAUGCAAAACCAGUAAGAAUUGUUCUUGUAAGGGCUCAAACCGCCCGUUCAAACUCGCGCUUGUUUUGGUUUGUAUUGUUUCCAAUCAAUUAAAUUGAGAGUUUUGAUAA